GGCCAUCGUCGUCGGCGCGGCUGUUUAGCUGUUAGGAGGUUGUUCGGUUGUUCCGUUUUCAUUGUACUCGUGGUAACAGCGGUUGCAUGUCGCGGCGCGUGCAGUGAUGGGGCACGCGGCAAAGUGAUGCGAUGCGCGCGGUCCUCGUGCCCGUAUGUCUGCUGCUCGUGUCCCCCAUUUCCACCACGUCUUGGGCCUCCAGCAGCGAAUUAGUUCUAAACCCAAAACAGAUGUGUAAGAGGGCGCGCCGGUCGCGCUCCAAAAUGGCCGAUAUUUGCAUCAAUAAACCGGGCUUGUUGCAACAUAUCGCCGGUGGAAUUGGACUGGCACAGGCCGAGUGUCAGUACCAGUUUCGUUAUCGGCGCUGGAACUGUACCAGCGCGAAGAAAAGUAUUAAAAAAGUGAUGCUAAGAGAUACUCGAGAGACUGGUUUCGUAAAUGCCAUUAUAGCUGCUGGAAUAACAUAUCAAGUGACUAGAGCUUGUACAAAAGGAGAACCGCUCGACUGUUCUUGUAAUAAAAAUAAAAAUAGAAAAAAAAACAAAAAGAAAAAAUACAUAAACGUUCCCGAAGGCGACUGGGCAUGGAGCGGCUGCGGAGAAAACAUAGAAUAUGGUAUCAAGAGAUCCAAAGAUUUUUUGGACACGCCCUAUAAGAAAAGAAGUGACAUGAAAACUUUAGUCAAGCUCCACAAUUAUGUUGCUGGAAGACUAGCCAUCAAAAACUAUACUCGCCGAGAAUGCAAAUGUCACGGUCUGUCCGGUACGUGCACGCUUAAAACUUGCAUGCGAAAAAUGCCAAACUUUCGAGAAGUCGGCAAUAGACUAAAGCAAAGAUUUGACGGGGCAGCAAAAGUGAUACCAGGAAACGACGGCCAAAGUUUCAUCCCCGAAGGUGACACCAUUAAACCGCCGGGAAAAUCUGAUUUGGUUUAUUCGGAAGACUCGAUACCCACAGAUUUUUGUCAUUUAAACACCACUUUGGGUAGUUUCGGCACGCAGGGAAGAUCUUGCAACGGCACCUCGCAAGGAGAAGACGGCUGCGGUAUUUUAUGUUGCGCGAGAGGUUUUCAAACCUACGAAAAAGUGGUGCAAAAAAAUUGCCAGUGCAAGUUUCACUAUUGUUGUGACGUCAAGUGUGAAAUUUGCAAUGAAACGGUGAAAUACAGUAUUUGCAAUUGAAUUAAAUUUGUGAUUUUUGGAUGUUUUUUGUAUAUAUUUGUAAUUAUUUAUCGUGUUAAUUAUCUUUACAUUAUUGUGAUUUUUUCAGUUACUAAUAAAAGUUUGUAAAUACUAUA